GGCACCCGCGUCGUCUUCCUCCCCCUUCAAAAACGUCUCUGCACGUCGCUUUUCGCCCCGACAAAGACGACGACGACGAAGAGCCCGACCAAGCUUCAAGCUUUCUCUCUCUUCCCCUCUCUCUCUCUACGCCUGCAAGCUUCGAAUCCUCCAUCAUCUCUCUCCAGAUGAUCUCCUUCCUCCUCCGCCUCUCUGCAAUCAAAUGAAGGAGGACGUCGGCGGCGGCGGCGGCGGCGAUGAAGAAGUCCGCGCAAGUCGUGGCGGUCCGGCACGUGCUGUGGCUCGGCUGGAAGCUGGUCAUCCUCCUCUCCCUCUCCCUCUGCCUCCUCGCCCUCUUCCGCCUCCACUCCCCUCCUAACUAUUAUUCCUCCUCCUCGUCGACGUCUCCGCAUCUCGACGUCCUCCGCCGCCGCGGCGCGGGAUCGCGCUUCGCCGGCACCCCCAAGCUCGCCUUCCUCUUCCUCGCCCGCCGCAACCUCCCGCUCGAUUUCCUCUGGGGCAGCUUCUUCGAGAAUGCGGACGCGGCGAAUUUCUCGAUAUACAUCCACUCGGAGCCGGGGUUCGUGUUCGACGCGUCGACGACGAGGUCGCGCUUCUUCUAUGGUCGCCAGUUGAGGAAUAGCAUUCAGGUGGGGUGGGGAGAGUCAAGUAUGAUUGAAGCGGAGAGAUUGUUGUUUGCUGCAGCACUUGAGGAUCCAGCUAAUCAAAGAUUUGUUCUCCUUUCCGAUAGUUGUGUUCCUUUGUACAACUUCAGCUACAUAUACAGCUAUCUAAUGGCUUCUUCGAGGAGUUUUGUGGACAGCUUUCUUGAUGCAAAGGAAGGCCGGUACAACCCUCAAAUGUUUCCAGUUAUUCCAAAAGAGAGAUGGCGAAAAGGGUCACAGUGGAUCGCCUUAGUUCGUAAGCAUGCAGAAGUGGUUGUAGAUGAUGAGGUUGUUUUUCCAGCAUUCAAGAAGUUUUGUAAGCGACGACCACCUGUAGAUGCCAGUAAAGGAAAGCUGAACACUAAACUUCAGAAGCAGCACAAUUGUAUUCCAGAUGAGCAUUUUGUCCAGACGUUGCUUUCUUUGAAUGAGCUCGACACUGAACUUGAACGAAGAACAGUGACGUAUACCUCAUGGAACCAGUCGGCUACAAAGAUGGAUACUAAAGGUUGGCAUCCUGUUACGUUUGAUUAUGCAAAUGCCAGUCCGCGACAAAUCCAGGCAAUAAAGAAAAUCAAUCAUUUGUAUUAUGAGACAGAGUUUCGGACAGAGUGGUGCCGUGCAAAUUUGUCAUCUGUUCCCUGCUUUUUGUUUGCGAGGAAAUUCUCACGAGGAGCAGCCAUGCGCCUUUUGAGUGAGGGGGUGGUCGGUCGCUUUGAUGCUUCCUCAUUGUUAGAUUCGACUCCUUGAUUGGCUACACUAGUUAUUUCUGAGGGCUCUGGGUGACCUAACAAGUAACAACUGACCAGCUUCAAGACAAUUUGGAGGGGAAGUGGAGCACCCUGCUAAAAGUUAUGCAGAUAAGCCUAUAGGUAAAUAUAGUCAGACGAUAGCAUUACAUUAUUAACUACCAAAAUUUUGUGACAGCAGCUUCACACGUGCGCUUACCUUUCUUAUUGUUAUAUUUUCCCCCUGACAAUUCAUUAUACGAGUUUUCAACCUCGUCUCUUGGUUCUGCAAGGGAUCUCAAUUAUGUACUAUACUUUCUCAGGGGUGGUACUUGUACAAUUUAGGCUGUCAUUGAAUUUUAUGAAAAGCAUGGCCUACAGUAUUCUGACCUUUCUAUGAA